CAAGAUGUACGCCUCGGCUGCUGGUUUCUUCCUUCUUGCUGCUGUUUUCGUAUCAGCACAGGAGGAGACAGAGCCAGAACUGGCUCCCCUAGAUGGCUGGUACAACAACCUGCUCCACCCAGAAUGGGGUGCUGUUGAUACCAUCUUGUUGCGUAAGAGCCCGACUUCCUAUGCUGAUGGAGUCUACCACAUGGCUGGACCGAAUCGACCAAAUCCUUUUGAAGUUAGUAGAGUGGCCCACAGAGGCAUCAUGGGAUUGGGGUCGGAGAGAGGUCGGACUGCCCUCAUGACUUAUUAUGGGCAACAAGUGGUGGAGGAGAUAAUGGAUGUCCAGAGACCUGGGUGUCCAAGGGAAUAUGAAAAUAUGGUUGUUCCUGACAAUGAUCCAUUGUACACACCUGGAAUUCAGAUGCCCUUUACUCGUUCACGGUUUGAUGCCAGAACUGGGCAGUCACCUAGCAACCCAAGACAACAGCUGAAUGAGAUCACUCCAUACUUGGAUGGUCAGCUUAUGUAUGGACCAGCAAAGGCCUGGACAGAUGCUAUUCGGGCAUUUGAUGGUACUGGGCGACUGAAGGCCUUGGAUGACAAAUACACACCACUUCAGGAAAGCUUCCCAGUAAUAAAUAACAUUCGUCUCCCAUUUGCUAAUCCCCCAAACCCCAGGGCAAACACUGUUGAUGAAAGAUUACAGCCUGUUGCAAGAUUUUGGCGGUUGGGAAAUCCAAGAGGUUUUGAGAACCCUUUCCUGCUGAGUAUUGGAGUUAUGUGGUUUCGCCUCCACAACUUCUGGGCUGAAAUGAUCAAACAAGAACAUCCUGAUUACACCGAUGAGGCUCUAUUCACCGAGGCAAGGAAGUGGGUGGUGGCUAUUCAUCAGAAAAUUACAUUGUAUGACUGGCUGCCAAGAUGGCUUGAGAUACAAAGCGAUGGAACAAUCUAUGACCUCAAUGGAACAUCUUCAACACCAGAGAGACCAACUUGUCCCUAUCAAGGUUAUAACCCUAACAUCCACCCAGGAAUCACACACGAGUUUCAGACUUCUGCCAUGAGAUAUGGACACACACUUGUCACCCCAGGUUUGUGGCGUAGGGGUACACCUAUUGGAUCUGGGAAUGAUCUGUUGGGAAAUAAUGCUGAGCAAAACUGUAACUGGACACGUACCACUCUUAAAGUUCCUGGUCAGGUCGGGGAACAAGUCCAUGCCUUUCGUCUGUGUAAUGCCUAUUGGAACUCACAGGAGGCCGUUCAAGAGGAUGUGGACUCACUGUUUCGUGGAAUGGCCUCCACCCUUGGUGAACGAGAAGAUCACAUCAUGGUGGCUGAUCUUGCAGGUGAUGUAUUUGGCCCCCUGGAGUUUUCUCGACGUGACUUAGCUGCAUUAAAUAUCCAGAGAGGACGUGACCAUGGACUCCCUGACUACCAGGCUGUGAGAGAGGCUUUUGACCUGCCAAGACUUAAUAGCUGGGAUGAAAUCAACCCUACUUUCCCCACAGAUGUUCCAGCAUCAACUAUAGAUGCCAUAGCUAACUUGCGACAGCUGUACAUUGAUAAAGGACUCAAUGGAUCAGUUCCUGAUGAUGUGGACUUGUUCACCGGAGGUCUCAUGGAAACCACUUUUGAUGGACCGGGCCCUCUCUUCCGUGCCAUCCUUGUUGAACAAUUCUGUCGUGUCAGAGAUGGGGAUAGGUUCUGGUAUGAAAAUAAGGACAAUGGAUUGUUUUCCCAGUUUGACAUCGAAAGGAUCAACAACUUCACCAUCUUUGAUGUCAUUAAGAAUGUCACCAAUGUAGACGAGAGCCAGAUCCAAAUAGACCCUUUUAUCCAUGCUUCUAAUGAUAUCUGCCCUCAGCCUGAACAACUGAACAUCUCAAGAACUAGAGACCUGAAUGGACAGACAUCCCUUGUCAUUGAAAAUUGUACAGCCUUUCAAACCUAUGACUAUUUCUUCAACAGUGAGAUCUCAUUUGCACUGACUUUUUUCGUAGUUGGACUUUGUGUACCAGCAACUGUAGGCAUCAUGUGGCUUUUGGCUAAGCGUAGGAUAAAAAACAUGACCUUGAGGAAAAAGAAAGUUGCAAAGAAAGUGAGAGGUGGUGAUCCAAACACAUUUGAGGUUUUGGAGUGGGUAGGCCAUAAAGAUGGUGAAAGAAACAUUAAAAUCGGACUUGAUAAUCAGCGCCGUAAGAUCCAUGUCAGUGAUCGGCGCGGCAAACCACUGCGUAUGAUUGACUUGCGACAACGUGGGGACGUCCAGAUUCGGCCAGUCUAUGUUUGGCUGGAGGAUGAUCACUCCAACACAAUGUGUUCUGUGCGAGCUGAAGGAGAGAUUGACUUGGUGCUGAAGUUUGCUGACAUAGAAGACAGGACAGAAUUCAUUCAGAAGCUAGAGGUUUUUCUGAGCUCGAUCAAUGUUGAUUUAAACCAAACAAAUAUGAGACAUGACAUCAUCCUGAACAAUGCUCAGACCAAAGACAAGCGGCAGAAACUUCUGGAUAAAUUCUUCCGAAUUGUAUCACUCCAGGCAUUCCAGGGUACUGCUGAGGAUAUGGCGAUGGAACCAUUGGACAUGGACACUUCCAAACAACUGGCAGAUAUUAGACUGACACGUACAGAAUUUGCAGAAGCAUUUGGCCUGAAACCAACAUCAAUCUUUGUCCGCAAUAUGUUUCUGCUGGUGGAUGCUGACAAGUCUGGUUUUGUAAACUUCAGAGAAUUUCUGGACUUCUUUGUGGUAUUGUCAUCACAGGAUUCCGACAGUAAAGUGCAGCUGAUCUUUAACAUGUAUGACAUCGGACAGAAGGGUGUACUCUCCAAGUCAGACUUCUCAAAAAUGAUAGCAUCCCUCCUGGACUUGUCGGACUCCACCUUGGACAAAAGUAAAGUGGCAGAUCUCAUCUCCUCCAUGUAUCGUGUUGCUAAUGUGAGGGAGGGAUCUGAUAUGACAUUUACGGACUUCAAAAAAAUCUUUGAAGAUGAGGAAUAUGCCAAAACGCUUGCUAAUGCUAGACUGGAUCUGGAUGGAAUGUCUCAGGAAGCUCAAUCUCAUACUAAGAAAAGAAAGAACAACCUCCAAUCAAAAAGCCAGACACUGAAGAGGAAUUAUGACAAAGGGUCGAAAGGUAGAGGACUGUCAGGUAGGAGAGGAACAAUGGUCAAAGUGACGACAAAGAAGAUUGGAUACCCAAAGACAAAGAUUGGCCAACUGUGGUUCGAGUUUACAUCAAAAGUAGCCACCUACCAACUGGUCAUCUUUUGGACGGUCCUCUACACACUCUGUCUGAUGGGCGUCUUUACAGAACGUGCUUUCUAUUAUUCGGUAGAACGUGAACAUGCAGGACUUCGUCGUAUUGCUGGAUAUGGAGUGACAAUAACUCGAGGAGCAGCCAGUUCCAUGAUGUUUACAUACUGCCCACUGCUUAUUACCAUGAGUCGAAACUUGAUCACAUUCUUCCGAGAGACUUCCCUGCACCGAUUUUUCCCUUGGGACUCGAUGCAUUUCCUGCACAAGUAUAUUGCAUUCUGGGCUCUCUUUUUCACAUUGGUCCAUGUUGUUGGGCACAGUAUCAACCUGUACCACAUAUCCACCCAGUCAUCAGGCGACCUGAAUUGUAUAUUCCGUGAAUACUUUAGAGCACAAGAUGUCCUUGCUUCUUUUCACUACUGGACCUACACCACUAUCACAGGAAUCACUGGAAUCAUUUUGACCUUAAUAGUGAUUGUGAUGUACGUGUUUGCGAUGCCGUAUGCUCGUCGUUACGUCUUUAAUGCCUUCUGGACGACACACAAGUUCUACGUGUUGCUGUAUUUAUUCAGUAUCCUGCACGGCGCAGCACGUCUUGUUCAACCACCUCUAUUCUGGUUGUACCUCCUCCCAUGCCUCGUUAUUUUUGUCAUUGAUAAAAUGAUCAGUGCUAGUCGCAACACGAUUGAAAUUGGAGUUAUCAGUGCUGAUCUUUUACCUUCAGAUGUGACAGCUCUAGUUUUCAAACGACCUGCCAGUUUUGAGUACAAGUCUGGUCAGUGGGUCCGUAUCGCCUGCCUUGACCUUGGUAAAAGCGAGUACCAUCCCUUUACUUUGACCUCGGCCCCACAUGAGGAACAUCUCAGUCUCCAUAUUCGUGCUGUCGGUCCCUGGACUACAAACAUUCGUGAAUUGUAUGACCCUGACCGACUGGAAUACAAAAAAUACAAGCUUCCAAAGCUGUUCCUGGACGGCCCCUAUGGAGAGGGACAUCAGGAUUGGUAUCGGUUCCAAGUGGCCAUCUUAGUUGGAGGUGGAAUCGGGGUCACGCCUUUUGCCUCCAUUUUAAAAGACAUUGUCCAUAAAUCAAAAAUAGACGACUUCAGAUUUCCUUGCAAAAAGGUAUAUUUCCUUUGGGUCACCCGCACUCAGAAACAGUUCGAAUGGAUGACAGAUAUUAUCCGUGAAGUUGAAAACAAUGAUUUGAAAGGCUUUGUUGAUGUUCACAUCUUUAUCACACAGUUUAAGGAGAAGUUUGAUUUCAGGACUACUAUGUUGUAUAUCUGUGAGCGCCAUUUCCAGAAAGUGGCAGGUAAAAGUUUAUUCACUGGUCUGAGUGCUACAACCCAUUUUGGGAGACCACAGUUCCAGGAUAUCCUCAGGUCUAUAGGCAACGAGCACCCUCAGGUGAAUCGUGUCGGGGUGUUCAGCUGUGGUCCUCCACCGAUGACUAAUCAGCUUGACAGGACUUGCUCAGAUCUCAACAAAGUACAGGGUACUCUAUUCAAGCAUCACUUUGAGAACUUUUAGAAGGAUGAAAUGCAGCUCAGUAUGUGCAGAAGACCAGCCCUUCUGCGAUUAAAAGUAGAUUUCUUACAAAAACAUUGUCAUGAAAAUACCUUCUCCACUGAUGCAAUACAUUUUUGUUAUGAUUUUAAUCACAGACAUUUUCAAAUUGAUUGAAUGUGUUUAUUGUGAUCUAAUGAUUAAGAGAUGGGUUUGCAUGUUAGGAUAUGAAAUGAAUAACAUUCACCAAAAAUAUGAAAUGGAAAAAUAUUAAGAAAAUAUAACCUGGAACAUUUAUUAGAUGAUCAAAGAUUUGCAGCUUAAUGCGAUCAGGUUAAUUUUUUUACAAGAUAGUUAUGUGGUCAUAUAGUACACAAGUUUCAGAACUGUUUGAAAAGAAAUGUUUUGAGAAGUUUUUAAGACUAUCUAUCUCGUGGAAUAAGUUUAAGAUGAGGUAGGUGAGGUAUAUAGAAUUUGUUUUAUUUCCUUGAUAUUGAUAAACUUUGUUUUAAAUUUUUUUAAUAGAAAUCAAAGUUUGAAUUUAAAUGUGUUAUCUUUGUCCUUGUUUGUAUAAUGUUUACCUGGUAUUACAUGUUUCAAUAUUCACAAAUAUGUUUUCUAUUUUUCCAAUUUUUGUAAACCCUUUGAAAAUAUGAAAUUUGUUGUACAUAUGUUAUCAAGCUAUAGAUUUUGAUACAUGACUGGAUCCUGUAUAAAUAUUGCUCAUUGAAAGACUGUGACUGACUUAUUUACAGCCUGUCCUAUAACCACACUGCAUUGAAGAGUGUCUGGUCAUUGUUCAGUACAGUGAACAAACUUUUCAAAUUAACAGGCAUAUUAUAUUAGAUAAAUUCAUGUAUAUCACCAAUCAUUAUGCUUUACCAGCAAAACAAAAUGGAAAAAAAAGUGAAAGAAAAAUUGUUGAUUAAUAUUUAUGUAAGCAAGAUUAAUAUUUAUAUUAGCAAGAUAAGCCUGAAGAUUUUAAAAUACUGUUUGUCUAACUAUAAUACACAAAGUAAAAAAUACAGUCUGUUAUAUAUAUGUAAUUCAUUAUUUUCUUUUAAUACUGGACAUUAAAUUAACAUAUGUUAAGUAUAUUCCACUUUACAUUUAAUUUAAUAUCAUAUGAUUUGUAUUAUUGUAUCCUUUGAAAGUGAAAGCUGUUCUGUAAGUUAUACAUGUAUCUGGUUUGGUACUUUCAGGGAAAGGUAUUUGCUACAGAUCAUGAUGUAUCCUGAGAGGCACUGUGACUGUAUUGUAUUGCUUGUAUGCAAUUGUAUUGUAAAGCAUGUAUUGCUUUUUUGUGUGGAAACUGUCACUGAUUUAAACUUUAGAAAACCAGGAAAAUUAAAUGUAGUGACUUAUGCUAAAUAAGGAUAGAAUGAUAUAUUAUUAGUUUUUAUAUUUGAAAUGUCUUACAAUCAAACCUUCAAAGAAAGAACCCCUAUGAAAAUUUCCUGUGAUACAGUAAAUCUAUUUAAAUAAUUCUACACUGCCUUUAUAUUGUAUGAUUGACUUCCUUGCCUAUAAAUAAUAAUUGAUGUAUUUUUUUUUCAGCUAGUUUGCUUAUUUUCUUGCUUAGAAGAAAUUAAAAGACAAGUUAUAGAUAAUAUAGCCCACCUGAACAUAUUUUUCUCACUCAGCUUCGGUGCAGUGUUCCUGCAGAAGAUUUUCCAUGAUAUAUACAGUAGUAAUUGAGUCCCUGUUUAACUAAAAAUAACCAAAAAACUUGAACAUAUAUUUUUUUCAGUGCAUUUUGACAUGUAAUGUCUCCAGAUAAAUUUUGGCUUUAUUUAAAAUAGUUCACUAUUCAUUUCAGAAUGGAUUUAAUUACUGCACUCAUAAAUUCUGGUUUCUUGGGAAAAUUAGGGAAACUUCUAAAACCUUACUUCCCUGAUACUCAAGGUGUUCUUGUUAUUGUGCAGAAUACUCGUCGACUUAUGUUAUCUCUGAUGAAUUAAUCCCUAGAAAGUCUGAGUCAUUGUAUGUAACAGGAAACAGAGUAUAUGUGUAUAACUUAAAUUGCCUGAUAAUAAUGACAUACCUCCCUACUAUUUAGUCCUCUGUUUUUAUAUGAAAUAAAUCCUGAUUCAUGGGCA